GUCGGGAGCCGGCGCUGGCUGUUCAAGCGGGAGCCGCCGGGGGCAGCAGAGAGCCGGCAGCAGUGACAGGAAACUCCGCGGCUGCUCUUGGCUUCCUGUUUACGCGGGCCGAGCCGAGCCGAGCCGAGGCGGACCAGACCGGAGCCAGCCAGAGCCCAGCAACCGACAGGCGGCGAGGGGGAGGGGGGGGAAGCAGGCGUCAACCGGGGGGAGGGCUGUUCAGAGCGGCUCGACCGACACCUCGAAACGGCUUCCCCCCUCCCAAUCGAGGACGAGAGACAAGGAAAGGCCGAGGCUCGGUGGGGGGCGAAGGGCCGAGGCCUGGGCCUGGGCGGCGCUCGGAGCCCGAUCUUGCCCCCCCCCCCCCUCACAUCACAAAAGCUUUUCACCCGGCCUCGGUACACGUGACAGUCCAGAUAAGAUUGACCAGUGCUCUUUGCUCUGUGUGGAAUCAGCGCGAGGCCUCCAUUGUUUCACCCAUUUCAUCUUGGGAAGUAAUUGUUUUCCAAUGUGAGUCCAUUCAACAUGACAGAGUGUUGGGAGGAACACCCAGCCGCCGCACCUUUGGUGGAGAACUGCAUUCCCCAGACUACUGAGCGUGCCCUUGAGUUUGCAAUUGUGUUCCCUACUGAUGGAGCCCUUCAACAGCACCAGCCUGUAUCGGCCGAGAGCUCCCAAAAAUGCAACAUGUGUGGCCAGACGAUCACACAGCUGUCAGAACUCCAACAGCAUCCGUGUUUUGUUAACAUGAACCGCUUCUACCAGUGUGCCCAGUGUCAGAAGACUUUCAGUCACUCUAAUGACCUGCUGCAGCACCAGUGUGGCCAAGUGGAGGAGAAGCCCUUUAUCUGCCACGUCUGCAAGAUGGGCUUUUCCCAGUUGCUGGGACUGGUCCAGCACCAGAAUGUCCACAAUGAGAACAACCCCUUCAAGUGUACUAUCUGUGGUGAGAACUUCCAGCAGUCAUCGGAACUUAUCCUGCAUCAGCGGGUUCACAUCGAGGAUCAGCCCUUUGAGUGCACUGUAUGCAAGAAGAGGUUCAAGGACUCAUCAGAACUGGUGGCACACCAGCAGUUCCAUGCACCCGAGAAACCCUUCAAAUGUAGUGUGUGCCAGAAAGGCUUUAAGAAGUCAUCGCAGCUGGUCCGACACCAGUACAUCCAUGGUGAGAAACCCUUCAAAUGCUCAGCCUGCGAGAAGUCUUUCCGCCAUGCCUCUGAGCUACAGCGACACCAGAGGGUGCACACCGGCGAGCGGCCCUUCAAAUGCAACCAAUGCGACAAGACUUUCAGCCAGUCCUCUCACCUGGCACACCACCAGCGUAUCCAUUCAGGCGAACGGCCCUACGACUGUGGUGUCUGCCACAAGAGCUUCAAGCACCGCUCGCACCUUGUGCGCCACAUGUGCGUCCAUGCUGGCGAAGACAUGUUCAAGUGCGUUAUCUGUCAUGUUGGCUUCAAGCAGCCUGGAGAACUGCUGCAGCACCAGUGCAUAACAGAGCCUGAGCGACCCUACAAGUGCGGCCAGUGCAACAAGAGCUUCAAGCGCUCUUCCUACCUUCAGCACCACCAACGUGUGCACUCAGGGGAGAGACCCUUCAAAUGUACAACCUGUCAGAUGAGCUUUAAGCAGCUUUAUGCACUGGUGCGACAUCAGCGCACCCACACUGGCGACAAGCCCUAUAAAUGCACCGUCUGUGACAAAGGCUUCAGUGAAUCCUCGCACCUCCUGUACCACCAGCACAUUCAUACUGGAGAGAGUGUUUUCCAAUGCACAGGGUGCCAGAAGGGUUUCAAAGACUCAUCAGAACUCUUACGUCACCGCUGCGCCAGGGUGGAGGGAAAACCCUUCAAGUGCACUGUUUGCCAGAAAGCUUACAAGAGGGUUUCAGCCCUGCAACUCCAUGAAUCGACCCAUGUGGAGGAGAGGCCAUUCAAGUGCAAUGCCUGCGAGCGACGCUUUGCAUGUUCCUCUGAGUUGGUGGAUCACCAGUGCCGGCCUGCCAAGGAGAAGCCGCUGAAGUGUAGCGACUGUGAAAAGAGAUUCAAAUAUUCCUCAGACCUGGAGCGUCAUCGGCGCGUUCACACAGGGGACAAACCUUUUAAAUGCAUCACUUGUGACAAGGGCUUUAAGCAGAAGGAACACCUGAUAAAGCACCAGAAUGUCCACGCCAGAGAGAGUCAGUGUACCCCAGCCUCCAGGUCCACACAGUCAAAAUGGGACAAAGCAGAAUGGAUGGCAUUUCAGUGCAAAUAGAACUGAGUUGUCAGGCCAUGUAGAUCACAUUGUCAAGAUUAAAAGGAUGCACGUGGUCAGAUUUUAAAUACUGCCCUGACAGAAUUACACUCCAGUUUUGACACAGCCAGUACCACUGAGCUAUACGUUCCACUUGAGUGACUUGGGUUCUUCUUCAGUCACCUAUGACUAUCCUGCUGAGAAUGUUCAGGUUUUUUUUUAGCUGAAAAUUACACCUCAGUGCACUUUCUUUUGUGUGAGUUUCAUCACCAGAGAGCAAUUUCCCUCUUGCUUGCGCUUGCCAUAGCUUUGAAAGUGAUGUCCCAAGAUAAUGCAGGUGUACCCCUGAGUAUUGCCCCUUUCACCCUCCAACCUUUCUGAUCUUCUGUCAUACCAAUAUCUACAAUGUGACCAGUCUUGAUAUAGAACAGGAUGAACUGAAGAUGCGGACACAGCAAAGCUCGCCUGACAAGCCUCCUUUGAAAAUGAACCUGCACCAUGGAAGUUUGGGCAAGAAGUCAGCCAAAUCACGUCCAGUCUAAACCUUAAAUACUGCGGUCUUUAAAAAGGUGGACUUUUGAUGAGAAAAGUGGUAUGUUGUUGCCAGUUGAACCAAGGGUGGUGUUGUUUUGUGUCAUCUCCAUUUUGUAAGCACUAACAGUUUGCUAAUGCAGAUGCUAAAAAUGAAAUGCAGAUUAAUUAAAAAAAAAGGUAGGAUUAAUACUGUCAUAUCAAAAUAGUCCUCAAGCUGCCUAUAGGAUAUCUCCAAGGUUACCAGUGUUUUUUUAGGAAUGUAAAAGAGCUGUCUUUCUGCUGCUGUGCAUGGCUAAUUGCAAAAGAAAGGAUUGUGGUUAAUCUACAUCCUUGCUGAGUGUAAGUAGAGUGUCUGAUUGUAAGCCAUUGAAUGGGGAACUGAUUGCUCUCAUCAGUGGGACCUACAUAACUCUUAGCAUGUUAAUUCUUCAUUCAGUUGGCUUACCAUUGAAUAUUCUCAAACCACGUGUGUGAUGUGUUUUUUAAAAAAAAUUGUCACAGAAGAAAGUUUUUAUUUUAUUACAAAUCAAUUUUAUUUUGUUUGGGCUACCGUAAACACCGGUACAGUAAGAUGGUGAGCAAUUUACUUUCAGGGUUCAGAUGGCUGUACCAUAAACCCCACGAGCAAUUUAUUGAUGUAAUCAGUACCCAGAAAAUGAAUUGCAACCUUCAUACUUUUGCCACCUGUAAUUUUUUUUUAAUAUACAUAGUCUUAAUAAAGUUAAAUCAAUGCUAAUGAAAGUUAACUUGUCCUGACUGUUGUGAUAGCUGCAAAAUGGCAUCUGCUUUAUCGAAGAAUAUAAUCCAGUUCUCAAUUAGAAUUAUAAGGAAAUUAAAAGCAAUUGUGUUGUUGGUAUUUGCCACAGCUGUGGAAAUAAUUUCUUUUAAAUGGACAGUGUCAGAUUUGAACCAUCUUAUGCUUUUUAAUAAAAUCUCUGCCAGAACUAUCAUUAGCAUCAGCUUUGUAUAUUCCUAAUUUAAUACAAAUGUUCUAGAGACAUAGUUUCAUCUGUAGCCUCUCACUGUGUUGAUCUUUGAUGGUUACUUAUUGAUGUCGGUAUCACCUUGAUUCCUUUCUUACUAUUCCUACUUGAAGAUGUUAUUUCGGCUGGCUUUUCUUUAUAUGUAAUCUAUUAUUCAGUCCUGAUAUUAGUAGGUUUUCCUGCGUUGCUGUGUCUAUGUUUUUAUUAUCCAUAGAAAUCUCUUAAGUCUUCCCAUAUUUCUUAAUUUAGUUUUCAUAUUCAGCUAGUUUGCAGAAUGACACCUUAAUUAAUGAGCCAGGCUCUUAGCUGUAUACAUAAAGCUGGCUGAUAUAAUGCAGUAAUCAUAAAUGACCUAUUCCCAUCAGACACCAGAUUGUUUGUUUGCUUGUAUAUACGUUUUGUUUUAAUCCGAUUCAGUUUAAAUUAUUUCUCUAUCGCCAGGAAGCACUGUUUGAGGAAACUCAAAUAAUUGAGAAUGUAUAUUUUGAAGAAACUGCUUCACCAGCACAUUCAGAAGUGUGGAAAGUUAUUCCUCUUUUUACAGAAAGAGGAAAAAUGAAGAGCUGACUGCUGCCAUUCACAUCUCCGAGAUAAACGUGUGAAGAGUUUGCAUGCUAUGGAGACUUGUUGAAUCCUCAUGCUGACCUUUUCCAUCGCCUACUGCAUUUCCAGAAUUCCUUCACUUUUGUGCACCUACUCCCUAGCCCAGUGUUUAUAAAUACAGAAAUGUAAUAGCUGUUGGAAGUUUUGUUUCAUUUCCUUUGACACAGAUCCCACCUUACAUGCCUGAAGUCUGUGAAGUUACCUGGACAGAGAUGGAACAUAACCAUGUGAAUUAAAAAGAAA